AAUUCCUCUCUCGCUCAGUCGCUCUUGCUCGCCCGGCUUUCGAGUUGCUGCACCUUCCCGUUUCGUCGGCCUUAUCGUCUCCUCCUUCUUUCACUUUCUCCUUCGCUUCCUUCUUCUUCCUUCCUCUCUUCUUCCUCUCGAUCUCCUCUUUCUCCUCCAUCCUCUCACCUCUCUUCCACUGACUCCCUUACCUCUCCAUCCAUUGCUCUCUUAUCUGGUUGUCAGACUUGUAUUCAAUUCCAUCCCAUCUCAUACCCAUCUAUCUUACGUCUUGCAUUCGCCAGCUCUUCUGUCACCAUGCUUCCUCUCGUCUUGAUGUCUCUGGCUGCUGUGGCCACCGCGUCCAGCAACUACACCCUCCCCAGCAAUUUCAACCUCAGCGCUGUCAGCUACACUGAAAGAAGCUCCUGGUGUACUGCCGAGCGCAAUUCUUGCCCCGAAAUCUGCGGUGGUGUCGCCAUUAGCAACUCGUGCGAUCCGAGCUCCUUGGACUUCUCUUGCGUUUGCUCCAAUGGCUCGACUGCCGAUGUGGCUGAGUACACUCAGACCAUUCCGUUCUUUGUUUGCGAGGAAACCUACGCUCAGUGCAUUGAGGCCUCCUCCACCCUUGAUGAGCAGGAGGAGUGCCAGUCCACCCGCGACCAGGACUGUGGCACCCUGAAUGCGUCGGCCGUGUCCACGGAGUCGUCGACCACCACGACGGCCACCUCGUUGACCACGGCCACCAGCACGGCGAGCAGCUCGAGCGACCAGUCGACGACCGCGACUAGCACGACCAGCAGCACUUCCUCUUCGUCCACCUCCAACGCGGCGGUGCGUCUGGCGCAGGAGCACGCCACGGGCCUGUUGGCGACCGUGCUGUUUAUUGGACUGCGCCUGGUGCUGUAAAUGGAAUGCACCGGGGACUGGUCUCUGAAAGGGAGCGCAUUAGUAAAAGAAAGAUUGUUUGUAACCAUGUUGAGGUCGGCUUGGCUGUAAUGG